AUGCAUGACUCUGAUAAACCGGAGGGUACUCACGUUGACCAUGCUGAGGUCAACGAUCAAAGUCUGGCUAGAGAUGCCAACUCCCCGAACCUCAAGAUCACCCGCGACUCUUACUGGGAGAACAAAAAGGGCAUCGCACUUUGCCUCCUCUUAAAUAUGGCUGCAUUCGAGUAUGGACUAGAUCAAGGGAUGGUCAAUGGCUUCCAAGCGAUGCCCGGAUUUCUUCUCGACUUUGGAUACAAAGACCCCACACUUCCUGGUGGGAUGGGAAUCUCCACCGUCGUACAGCAGCUUAUGGGCAGCCUGGUCUCGCUUGGAAUGUUCUUCUCGACAUUGAUUUCAGGCUGGGUGUGCGAUAAGAUAGGUCGAAAGGGAGGCCUGCUGGUCGGGCUCAUACUCAUUGUGGUCAGCACCACUAUUCAAAUGACAGCAAUCAACCUUGGCGGUCUCUACAGUGGUCGAACACUCCUAGGGGUAGCCAACGGGUUCCUCUUAGUCUGUUCGCAGCUGUACAUGCAAGAAACCAUGCCGUCAAAUCUGCGAUCCCUCAGCUAUACGUUCUUCCAGUUCUGGAUCUCCUUCGGCACUCUGAUUGGCGUCAUCGUCAACAAUGCUACAGCCAAGAUCUUGACCCGGGCCUCCUACAGGAUCCCUCUGGGAGUCUUAUACGUCAUCCCAGUUCUUCUCGGAGCAGCCUUGUUCUUCCUUCCAGAAACGCCACGAUACCUGGCUUCUCAAAGCAAGCACAUCGAGGCCCAAAAAGCUUUACGUUUCCUAAGAGACUCAUGCUACACCGAUCUUCAGGUCAAAGAAGAAAUCGCCGAAAUCACACAGUCCCUGGAAGUCGACCGCGAGAUCGCCAAAACCAUCAGCUACCACGAAUUGAUCCGCAUACCCAAUCUAAAGCGGACAUGCACCAGCGUCGGCCUGGGCCUCUUCGCCGCCGCAUCCGGCGUACCCUUCAUCACGCAGUACGGCGUCUACUUCUUCAUGCUGUCGGGGGACACGGAGCCGUUCCGCGACGUCAUCAUCCUCGUGUGCUGCGGCAUCGCCGGCGUGGCACUCACACCCCUAUUCACGGGCAAGAUCGGCAAACGCCAUAUCCUCAUGUUCGGCGGCAUCGUGCAAGCACUGUGCAUGCUGGGGCUCGCCCUCCCAUACAGCAUCCGGGGCAUCGACCAGCUCAGUGGCCGCGUCAUCAUCGCCAUGUGCUGCAUCUACCUAUUCUUCGCAUCUGCAACAACCGGGCCCUUCGCAUGGCAAGUGGCCGGCGAAAUCCCCACGCAGCGCCUGCGCGGCCACACAUUCGGCACCGCGGCCGCUAUCACGUACCUGUGCGGCUGGUCCAUUACCUUCACGAUCCCGUACUUCAUCAACCCGACCGCGCUGAACUGGGGCGCCCAGUACGGCUACAUCUGGGUCGCGAGCAAUGUGCUCAUCACCGUGUUCACGUGGUUCUUCGUCCCCGAGACCAACAGGCGCACCCUCGAGGAGAUCGACGAGAUGUAUAAUGCCAAUGUCCCAAUUCGGAAGUUCGACAAGUAUGAUUGUGUCGCGUCCCAGGACGCGCGCCUUCAGGCUAUGCAGGACCUGAAGGCCGAUGAAAGUCGGAAUUGA